AUGAACAGCCGUAAUGCUUUACUGUACAUGUGGUACAAAUCGACCAACGAGCCUCAAUCGGACGACGCUGGAGAUCGACCACACUCAUUCGCCCCCAUCGCCAACCUGCGAACCGCCUCCAUCCGCACCUCGCCCCCCGCCCAGCCCACCUUUCGAUCUCUAGAGGUUCAAAACACCUCGUCCUCUUCAAGUCCCAUACGACUCUACAUACGAUCUGCUGCUCUGCAGCCAUCAAAGGAGACAUUUCGCGGCUCUUCAAUCUCAAGCCGGACGACUCUGGAGAUUUUCCACUACCAUCCGCCCCCAUCGCCGACCAACAAACCACCUCCAUCCAUCCAUUCACCGCCCCCCGCCCAGCCCGCCUAUCGAUCUCCAGAGGUACAAAUACACCGAAGCUCCAAUGACGAAUCUCCAAUGACGAACUUCUGCUCUACAUCUACGGUGUUGAAGCUGAUUUGCAACAAAAUCAACGGCGUUGAACCGGAUCUGCAUCAAGAUGAAGUUUUUGGAGCACAUGGCAAAUCAGAGCGGCGGACUACAAACGCAACGGCGGACUUGACUACAAAGGCAGCGGCGGACUUGACUACAAAGGCAGCGGCGGACUUGACUACAAAGGCAGCGGCGGACUUGACUACAAAGGCAGCGGCGGACUUGACUACAAAGGCAGCGGCGGACUUGACUUCAAAGGCAGCGGCGGACUUGACUUCAAAGGCAGCGGCGGACUUGACUUCAAAGGCAGCGGCGGACUUGACUUCAAAGGCAGCGGCGGACCAGACUACAAGGCAGCGGCGGACCAGACUACAAGGCAGCGGCGGACUUGACUUCAAAGGCAGCGGCGGACUUGACUUCAAGGCAGCGGCGGACCAGACUUCAAGGCAGCGGCGGACCAGACUACAAGGCAGCGGCGGACCAGACUACAAAAGCAGCGGCGGACCAGACUUCAAAGGCAGCGGCGGACCAGACUACAAAGGCAGCGGCGGACCAGACUACAAAGGCAGCGGCGGACUUGACUACAAGGCAGCGGCGGACCAGACUACAAGGGCAGCGGCGGACUUGACUACAAAGGCAGCGGCGGACCAGACUACAAAGGCAGCGGCGGCGGACUUGACUUCAAAGGCAGCGGCGGCGGACUUGACUUCAAAGGCCGCGGCGGCGGACUUGACUUCAAAGGCGGCGGCGGACUUGACUUCAAAGGCGGCGGCGGACUUGACUUCAAAGGCGGCGGCGGACUUGACUUCAAAGGCGGCGGCGGACUUGACUUCAAAGGCAGCGGCGGACUUGACUACUACAGGGCAGCGGCGGACCAGACUACUACAGGGCAGCGGCGGACCAGACUACUACAAGGCAGCGGCGUAG